UUUUCUUUCUUUUCCCCAUUUUUGCAUUCUCCCCCUCCCCCGCUUUGGUUCUCACCCUGGCCGCGAGCAAAGUGUCUUCAUGAGCACAGAGGAUGUCCGGGAAGCACUACAAGGGGCCUGAAGUCAGUUGUUGCAUCAAAUACUUCAUUUUCGGCUUCAAUGUCAUUUUCUGGUUCCUUGGCAUAGCGUUUCUUGGGAUUGGAUUAUGGGCAUGGAAUGAAAAGGGAGUGCUGUCCAAUAUCUCCUCAAUCACGGACCUGGGAGGCUUUGAUCCAGUUUGGCUCUUCCUAGUGGUAGGAGGAGUUAUGUUCAUUUUGGGCUUUGCAGGAUGCAUUGGAGCUUUGAGAGAAAAUACCUUUCUGCUCAAGUUUUUUUCUGUAUUUCUUGGAAUUAUUUUCUUCCUGGAGCUCACUGCUGGUGUUCUAGCAUUUGUUUUCAAAGACUGGAUAAAGGACCAGCUGUAUUUCUUUAUAAACAACAACAUCAGAGCAUACCGAGAUGACAUUGAUUUGCAAAACCUCAUAGACUUCACACAGGAAUACUGGCAGUGCUGUGGGGCUUUUGGAGCUGAUGACUGGAACCUCAAUAUUUACUUCAAUUGCACAGACUCCAAUGCAAGCCGAGAGCGCUGCGGUGUGCCAUUCUCUUGUUGCACGAAAGACCCUGCCGAAGAUGUUAUUAAUACUCAGUGUGGCUAUGAUGCAAGGCAAAAACCAGAAGUUGAUCAGCAGAUUGUUAUCUACACGAAAGGCUGUGUCCCUCAGUUUGAGAAAUGGUUGCAGGACAAUCUUACCAUAGUUGCUGGUAUAUUCAUUGGGAUAGCAUUACUGCAGAUAUUUGGGAUAUGCUUAGCCCAGAAUUUGGUUAGUGACAUUGAAGCUGUCAGAGCCAGCUGGUAAAACUGCUGAAGUAACCGCAACAAGACACUGGAUAACCGAAACCCUCUGAAACCUCCAGUGUGUCACUCUGACACCAAGCUGUAUGGACGUGGGUGACAGGGAAGCCUUCUCUCCCAAGCAGUCUCAAGUCUAAGUUUGUGAUAUUGCUGUGAACUCAUUUUUCUUUGGGAAGGGGGAGAGAAGAGUGGGCUACUUAAAUCUGCUGCUCACUGACAAUUUUUUUUCUUUUAAACCACCAGUUUGAAAGCUGUUGAGCUGUGAAUCUCUACUGUAUUCUUAAUCCUGAGUAACAAGUGGACACUUUUUUUAACUUGGUGUAUUCAAUGGGACAAAGUUGCAUCGUUGUAGUCUGUGGAUAUGCUGUUUAUUCUUCGUGUCAUGAGCUCUUCAAUAGCUGCCAAAUAUUCCUGAGAUGGUCUCUCUCCUCAUCACUCAAGAACAAUCUCCUUUAUUUUCACAGCUGAAAAUAGCUACAGAGCUACAGGUCUAAACCCAUCAAGCAGGAAGCAACUUUCUAUGCAUCUAUUGUACAGUAAAAGAAAUUGUUUUUAAAACAAGGGAUAUUUUUAUUUUAAUGCAAGCUUCCAGCCAUCUCCCUGCAUUACUCUGAGGUUGGCAUCAGCAAGCUCACAGGGAGAGCUGCCGUAUUUUACCAACAUCUUUCUUCCUUCUCCACCCUCGUGUUGAAGGGAAAGGAGUUUUAUAUUUGACAAGCAAGGGUUGUAGAGCCUUUGGUUGCUGCCAUACCUUAGGACAUCAGUCUCUUAAGGCAAGGUUGAGGUGUAACUGUAUAAAUGUAUGAAAGCAGUGUGGAUGUUGGGUCCAAGUGAGUAAUAUUAUUCAAAGAGUGAAUUAUAUAUUAACUUAAAAAGAUAUCAAAACAUAUAUAUCUGAUGUGGCUAAAUCUUUUGUUUCUCUGGAAUUUAGUGUAACCUAAUGUAUUUAGGGAUCUCACUAAUAUUAAUGCUUUAGUAUACUUGUGCAAAACUUCUUUUGAGAGAAUUCCUCUUGGUCUGUUCCUAGCUGAAGCUUUGUUCUUCCUUCUUUUCUUUCAAUUCUUUUUACUUGCAUGAGCUGUGGAGUAAGAAUCUGUGACACUCCCGUGCUUUAAAUCUGUGCAUAUGUUUUAAUGCAGUCUAAUCCAAACUUAUUUAUUGGUAAAUGCAUGUGAUUAUGGAAAGAUCAUAUCCCAUUCCCUUCAGAGUUGGAGAGAACACUUUCUAGAGGAAAUGCUUACCUCCAGUGAACAAAUCCUUGCUACAAAAACGCAUCUCCCUUUGUUGCUCUAAAUGCAACACAAAGCUUUCUUGAAGCAAUGGAAUAAAAGUUUUAAAACAGAAGUGUGUGUUUGGAUCAGUCAAGACAGGCUCUUUUGAACUGGACAAAAGAGAGCAGAAUUUGGAAUAAAGCACAAAUAGUGGAAGAAGAAUUAAAUCAGACUCCAUCCAGCUUAGAAUUUUUGAUUAGUUCUUCUUCACUAAUAAUAGUGAACUUACAAACCUGACCAUGGCUUGGGUAGUUUUAUGCACUUUGUGUAAGUAUAGCUUGUUGUGUGACCCUUCUCAGUACCUGCAGAACCAAUCCUGAAAGCUAUGAGCUCUUGGCUCCUGCUUUGGUCAGACAGUGGCAGAGGGUGUGUAGCAUCUUUCUGACAUCCUUAGCAUCUUUCUGAGAAGAGCUUCUUCAAAUGAUGUCGACUAGGAGAGAUGAAUGCAUUGCUUUCAAAGCUGCCUUCUUCUGGGGAAUGGAUAGAAAGCUGUUCUGAUGACCUGUUAAGGUCCUUUGACUUUUAUGAGCGUAUAAACCCUUGCACAUUUUGCCUUUCUGUGCUUUAGCUGGCUGUGGCUUUCCCUCCCCCCCC